AUGAGAUGGGUCUUCCUUGUCUACCACACUGGAAUUAAACCAGAAAUUAAGUGUGAUGCUGGAGCUAAAAAGUUUCAGACUAAAAUCUGUCUUCUCCAGAACAGGAAAAAUCUUGAGUCAUAUUUAGUUAUGGAUGAGGAUGAGGAGGCGUUACACCUCGCCAAGCGGAGGAAGCUGCUGUGCUCCGAGUUCGCCGCCAUCACCAGCAGCGACGCGGCGGUGGCGCGCAGCUUCUUGGCCGGCAACGACUGGCACAUGGAGAGGGCGCUGAACGCCUAUUUCGAGCCACCGCUGGAGGAGAAGGCGGCGGAGGAGGCGGCGGCAGGCGGGGUGCCGCCGGCCUGCGCGGGGCCCGGGAGCUGUAUUGACCUGACAGCAGAUGCAACUACUAGUAAUGCCGGUGUCAAUAGUGCAGACUUGAGGCAAGAAGAAGAUGACAGCAGCUUCUCACUGAUAACCUGGAACAUUGAUGGGCUGGACCUAGGAAAUCUAAAAGAACGAGCUAGAGGAAUCUGUUCUUACCUGGCGUUAUACAGUCCAGAUGUCGUGUUUUUACAAGAGGUCAUCCCACCACAUCUCUCUCUUCUACAGAUGAAAGCAGGCAGUUACACUAUUAUUCCAGGUAACAUAGAUGGCUAUUUCACUGUCAUAAUGUUGAAGAAAUCAAGAGUGAAGCUACUGAAACAUGAGAUAAUACCUUUCCCAACAACCUCCAUGAUGAGGAACCUUUUGGUUGUGCAUGUGAGCAUAUCUGGUAAUGAAAUUUGCCUUAUGACCUCUCAUCUGGAAAGCACUAAAAAUCACUCUAAGGAGCGUGUGAAGCAACUGCAAAUAGUGUUAAACAAAAUGCAGAAGGAGUCCGAAUCCGCCACUGUUAUAUUUGGAGGGGAUACAAACCUCCGAGACAGCGAGGUUACUAAACUAGGUAACUUACCUAACAACAUUACGGAUGUCUGGGAGUUUUUGGGUAAACCUCAACACUGCCGCUAUACUUGGGACACCCACUCCAAUACCAAUCUGGGUGCAGAGUACAAGUGCAAGAUGAGGUUUGACCGCAUUUACUUUCGGCCUGCAGCAGAUGGGGGACAUAUUAUUCCACGAAGUAUGGACUUAAUUGGAUUGGAAAAACUAGACUGUGGCAGAUUCCCUAGUGAUCACUGGGGUCUUCUGUGUAACUUUGAUGUGAUAUUGUAAAAAAGAAAAAAGGCUUGCAUUGUUAGUUUUUAGGUGAUCUGUUCUUGUUUUUACAAAAUUUUACCCUCUCAGUUUAAGUAGGAUGUAUUUAAAUCUUCAACCCUAACACAUUCUCCGCUCUUGACUUAUGCUGGAAUGGCUUCAUUUCAAGCCGGGGUCCCCUUUUCCUCAUUGUAUGCAUCUGUUCUUGAAUCACGUUUUUUAAAUAUUUAUUUUUAACAAUGUAUGCAAAUAUAAAAACAAAUUCUAGUUUUAAGAUGGGAGGAAAAACCUGUAAAUAAAAUUCAUAAACAUACUUGGUGGCUUAAAAGAUGCUUUUAUUUUGGCAUGUGUUAUAAUCUCAUAAUAAAUGCUUUUCUU